AGAACUUGCAAGAAUCGAAGACAAAGCAUCCCACAAAAAAAAAAAGAAGAUAAUAAAUGAAUAAAUAAAUAAUCAUAAAUCAGUUUUACUCUGAGUUCGACGCACACAAGAAAACAAGCUUAGCUGCAUAUAGCAUCACUUGCAGUAAGAACACUUGCAGUAACAACACUUGCAACAGUUGUCAGUAAAAGCAGCAGCAGCACCAGCAGCAACAACUACAAUAACAGAAGCAGCAACAACAGAAACAUCAACAGUAGCAGCAGUAUUGCCAUUAUUUGAGUGGGUGCUACAUUUUCUGGAGGUUUUUUUUAUAAAUAUAAGAAGCUUCGUCCCGAAUUCCAUAACUGAAAAGUGAGAACCAUGAAGUUGAUUGCGAGCGGAUUCCUAUUUUGUCUGUGCUGUUAUAUGGCAUCGGCGUGGAUUCCGCGUCUCCAUGCCAAUAGCUUUUGGCCACUGUCACGUGCUAGCAGCAGAUGUGUACCGUCCGGUGGACAAUGCUUGACCACAAGUCAAUGUUGUGAAAUGUCCGAAGUUUGCGCUCUCGGUUAUGAUUCCUUCAACAAAGGUAACACAAUGAUUGGUAGUUGCAAAAAGUUGGCGCGCCCUGCUAUCGACCAAUAUCCUUUGGGAGAGAGCGGGGAUGAGUGCACCGACAGUUCUGAAUGUGGACCAGGUCUAUGCUGUCGCAAGGCUUUCAGACACCACAGUGUGCCAUCUCUACGAUGUGGAGAACCUGAAGGUCCUGUAAUCUGCAUUGAACGUUCGAGAGCGAACAACGAAAUAUACCGGAAAUAGAUUUUCAAAAGAAACUGAAGGAAGUGAAGGUGGUUUUUAAACGAAACAAUGGCAAUAAUUUUACUUCAAAAAUUUUAUCUGUUAGUCGAAUGUCCAAAACGUCUAUAGUUGUUACUGUUAAUAUUCUUUCAAACUUGUUAUUAUAAUUAUUGUUUUUACUAGAGCGGCGAGCUGACAGAAACGUUAACACGCCAGGCAAAAUGCUUAACAGCAUUUUUUCUGACUUCACGUUUACGUUCGGUGUUCCAGUUCCCGCGAGGUUGACUUUGCCCUUCAUCCUUUUUGGGUCGAUAAAAUGAGUACCAGUUGAACACUGGGGUCGAUGUAAUUGACUGAAUUCCUGCAUUAAAAUUGCUGGCCAUGUGCCAAAAUAUGAAA